AUUGACAUAUGUCCUUAAACAUGGUGUCUUGAACUGGCAAUCAAUGCUAACUGUAUUACUUCAAAGGAUACAUAAUUGUUCGCUCUUGUUGAUUUCCUCUUGAGCCUUUUCAGCAACAUUUACAUCAGCUUCUAUUCCAAUACAAAAUGCAAUACAUGCAAGAGCAACAACCGUGUAGAACAUACUUAUCAUUCACAUUCCCGCCUGCACCCAGCAGCUGAGUUGGACAGGGACUUUCCAACACGAACACAUCAUUUGAUAUGUAAACACACGACGCCAUAUUUAUUUGGUGCAAGAGUGUACACAAAAGCGAUAUUCAUAUGUUUUGUAUCAUCUGUGUAGCGUGUUCGUUCUGACGUCGUGACAGUUCUGCUUGGUGUUGACAAUUGCUGAGAGUUAUCACAUAUUUCAUGGUGUCUGGGAGUUGUAGAUGAAACCUGGUACUGAUAUACGUAAUUUAAAUUUUUCAUCAUGUCUGGAGAAGAUGCAAAAUUGGACGUUUUUGAAGAUUUUGGCGCUUCAGUGGAAGGAGAAAUGACUGUGCCCAAUCAGCAAAAAAGUCAACAGCAUGGAAAACCAGAAUUCAAUACUUUAGAUGAACCUAUUCGUGAUACAGUGGUUGGUGGCAUAGACCAAUUAGCAGCUCUAGCAAACAUGAUGGAUGUAGCUGAUUUUCACAAGUUCAUUACUUGUCCAGGAUAUUUGCAGCCCCUUUCCAUGAUAAUUAGGGUUCAGUUGAGGGAUGUGAAAGCAGUUGGUGUGAAAUUCUUUCAUGUUCUUUACCCAAAAGAAAAAAAAAGUUUGCUCAAAGAAUGGGAUUUGUGGGGUCCCUUGGUCUUGUGUACUUUCAUGGCCAUGGUAUUACGUGGAUCAUCCGGAUCAUCAGAUGAUUCAGCCAAUGAUGGUGGACCAGAAGUUGCAGAAGUAUUUGUUAUUGUGUGGAUUGGAUCUAUGGUUGUAACUCUAAAUUCAAAAUUAUUGGGUGGCAAUAUGUAAGAAUUUCUUCGCCAUAUAUAUGUGUGUGCGGGUGUGUGGGUGCGUGCGGGCGUGCGUGUGUAUAUAUAUAUAUAAUUUAUUUUAAUUUAUUUUAAUUUCUAUUAUUGAAACUUAUAUGUAUAGUAAUUUACAGUUGAAUUAUAUUUACAAUAAUUAUUGAUAAAUCACUGAUAUUAUCAGAUUCAAAGUUCAGAAAAAUUGUUGGCAUAAAAAUUAAUUUAUUGAGUGUGUAUUUACUUGGUAAUGAAAGAGUUUGAGCGGUUUGCACAAUUUACAUCUUGUGAACUUUGCCUCUAUACAAACAAUUCUCUUUUGAAUUUUGAAUGUAUUGUGCAUUUCUGGUGCAUGACAUAGGAAAUUAUUGCAUAUAUCAGAAUCUAGUGAAUGUGUGCAAAAAAUAAUGUGUAUACGCUGCCAACAGUAGAAUUUUCUCUAAGAAUUUUUAGACCAUAAUACAUUUUUGAGAAAUGUUUCAUUUACAUGAUUUAUAUGGACGCUCCCAUUCAAAUUAAUUUGUAUGAAUGUCCCAAGAAAUUUUGUUUUUUGAGCUACAUUGAUAUUUUUACCAUGAAGAUUCAGAUUGUUGCAGAUGUGUAGCAUGUUAUGAGUAUUGUUGAAAUAUAUAGUCACUGUUUUCCAGAAGAUUACAAUUAGUUUGUUACGUAAAAAUCAAUUUCAAAGUUGUGCAAUGCUGUCUUGGCAACAUCUACUAACCCUUCCUGUAUUUUGGAUUUAAAUAUAACACUAGUGUCAUCUGCAGAAAUACCUGUUUUAGAAUUACCUAUAACUUGUGGCAUAUUAUUAAUGUAUAACAAGAAUAACAACAGUCUCAGUGUUGAGCCCUGUAGAACUCCAUCUUUCAUUAACUUGGAUUCUGAUUUAUGGUGCUCUAAUACUUCGACACUGUAAAAAGUUAUUUCUACAAUCUGUUUAUGGUUUGCAAGAUACAAUUUGGUCCAAAGUUAUAUAGAUCCCGAAUUCAGAUUUGUGUGUAUGUGUGUCAGUAAUAAAUUUGUUUAUAUUCAAAGAAAUUUAUCAACCUUUCAUGGGGGUCUGUGGUUCAUAACUUCAUAUGUACCCCCUUUUUAAUAAUGGUUUUACUAUUGCAAUUUAAUCAUGUCAGGAAACUUUCCUUAGAAAGUGAACAGUAUAUAAGUGGUUUCAGUCUCGGUCAGUUUGGUGCUUCUAUAUUAUGUUGUGCAUUACAAGCUUUAUUUCACAGCCAUUUUAGGCUGCAAAAGUGAAGCUUUAGGAACUAUAAAUGAUCCAUGAAAUUCAACUUUAGAGAUAUGGGUGCCAAAAGUGCAAAUUUAAAACAAUUAACAUUUCAGAAAUACAAUAUUGAUGAUAGAUAUAUUUAUUAUAUAUAGUACAGUAGUAUAGUAGAUAUGCAAUAUAGAUGAUAUAUAUCCUUAAUUAAAUCUGUUCCAGAAAAAUUAGAUCCUUAAAUACGGUCACAAGUUUUUGUUGGAAAAAAUGAGUUUCACGUAAUUUUUACUUAAAAGUAAACACAAUUUAUCAACAUUUAUUUUCUCAAACGUGGCUUCAAAUUGUUCAACUUUUCUCUGCAGGUAGAGCAACAGUUGCUUAAAACAGUUGUGCAGACCUCCUUUACAUUGAACUCUGGAUUUUCAAAAUUUGCAAAUGUUACAAAUUAUGCGAGAAAGCUUGUAUUGUAACUCCACUAGCAUCCAAUGACUCAUCUUACGGUUGCAAUUUUGCUAGUUAAUGAGAACAAAAUUAUAAAAUAAAAAUUGAAGAUAGCAUUGAGCAAGGCAACAAAUAAGGUUUUGAUGAUUUAAAUAAUUUGUUUUACAUUAUAUGAUUUAAAUACAUUUUUUCUCUUCGUGCUGACACAAAUCAUCAAAACUGUUUUGUCAUUCUUUCCUCAAAAUUUUACCCAGUUGUGCAUUUUUGGGGCUUGCAAUGAUUUUAAUUAUUGAAAUGGAAAAAAUUAUUGAUUAACAAAGAAAACAGUUGCAAUUUAUUACACUAAUUAAACAUUUGUAAAACAUUAGAAACUCAUGAGGCAAAAAAAGAUAUAAAAUGUCUUCUCUAAAUGCCACAUCAAUUACACUACAUAAUAUGUUAACUAUAUACAAGAGUAAUAUUCUUUACUACUGUAAAAAAAUGUCAGUUUUCUUUCACAUUAGAACAAAUGACUAAAAUUUAAGUUUAUUAUAAAUUUAAGAUAAAUGAAAUUGAAUUUGUAUAUAAUGUUGUUCAUGUACUAUUACUAAUAUGAAAUUUAAAUGCAUAUCUAAAUAAAUUUUAAAAAAAUAUUUAAAAAGAAAAUCACAAUUUUUAGAAGCUUUAUAAUCAUUUAUAUUGAGUUGUGAUAGGUGUCGACAUGCGAUGAAAUAAAAUUUUAUUAAAAUGAGAUCCAUAUCACAAAAAUAUGUUUUUAUUAUUUCAAUAAAUAUAAUGAACGUUUUAAAGAAAAAUAAAUAAUUUUGAUGCUGUGUCAUAAUCAAUCUCUUUGUUUUCCAGAUCAUUCUUUCAAAGUGUGUGUGUUUUGGGAUAUUGUCUACUUCCUACUACAAUUGCUCUAAUUGUAUGUAGAAUCAUUUUAUUCCUCCAACAAAAUUGGUUUUUAUUUAUUCUGAGAUUUGUAUUGACUAUGCUGGGAUUUGGAUGGGCCACAUUUGCAUCCAUGGUUUUUUUGGGAGACAGUCAGCCUCCUGGACGAAAAGCAUUAGCAGUUUAUCCUAUUUUUCUGUUUUAUUUUGUGAUUUCAUGGUUAGUUAUCUCACAUUCUACAACAUGACUUUAAAUUAUUGGUAUCAUAAUUUUUUCUGAAAGCUCACCAGAGACUGUUUCAAUUGAAAAAUGUUCAUCUAUUGUUACUUAAGUUUUUUAAUGUGUGUGUGCAAUAUAGCAGUGAAAAUUAUAGGGCAUGUUAAGUCAGUGUAAAUUGAAUACAUUUAAUACAUGUCCAUAAUUGCUUUAUCACUGCAAUUAUAUUUUAUUAAAAACUUCCAAACAUUCUUCAGCAAAUUUAGGAACAGUGUAUUUUACAGAAUAUAGUGUAAAGGACAAGAUAUUACUGUGGUAGAUUGUGUGAAACAUUUUUGAGAAGAAUGCUUGCACAUGUAUAGCAUUUAUUGUCUUUGUGAUGUAUGUUCCCAACAUGGAAAGGGUAAAUGAAAGAAAAUUUGUGCACAUAAAAGAUAUUGUGAUUCAUUUUCAUGAGUUUUGUUUGCAAGAGUACUUCUAGUGUCGUCUUGAAGAAAAUUGGUAAUAUGUGAUUUGUAAUGAAGAGAAGGGAAGAUUUUAUUUUCUCAGUUCUCUUUUGUGUUAUAAACACAAGGCUCAGUUAAAAUCUUGUGAUAAGCAUUGUAGUUAUUCAUGAGAAUAAAUGAGACUGGUAAUGGUUUGCCAUUCCAAGAUUAGAGAGUAAGAAAAUAAUGUAGUUCAGUCUCUAUUUUGAGAUAUCUAAAAAAUCAUGAAUCACGUUACAAAAUAAUUUUGCCGUGACUAGAGGGAAUAUUUUUAAAAGUUAUGACACUUUUUCAGUUGAAAUGUUCCAUUAUAUGAUUCAUGGUUGUUUUUGUUUCAUUAUAAGAAAGGCAUAGAAUUUUGAUGUGUUUCUCUUCUGUUACAUGUUAAAUAGUAGUAUUAAAGCACAUAAUAUAUAUUGUAUGAGCUUAUUGUGUUUUCGGAAGAUAGGAAUUUGCUGAUUGUAAAUUGCUAACUAUGAAACCCUUCAUUUAGCUAUGGAAUGUAUUCAUUUUAGAUACUUAUAGACAUUUCUAAAAUUGAUGUAAGAACCAUUUACAUACCGGAAGUAAAUGAAAUACCAGUGAAUAAAUGCAAAAAUAAGUCUGACAUUAACAUGGAUUCAACUUUUGUCAUUACAACUUGCAAUUUUCAUUAGUUUUUUGGUGGGGUUUCAAAGCUUGAAAUAGUGCCAAUUUACGUCUGAAAGUAUAAAAGACCGUAAAAAAUGUUCUGCAUGUGUUAUGUACAUUCAUUUCCUUCCAAAAACAUCAGUGAAACCAUUUUUAGCAGUAGUUUGAAUGUUGCCACAAUAAAUAUGUGAUAUCUGUUGAUUACUUGUGAUGAAUAUUUUG